AAGCCUCAGGAACUGAAACUUGAAGGCUUGAGUUUUAGCGAACACUCAAUACCUUCUGGAAUGGCGUCUUCGAGUAAUGUCUUCAAAUAUCCUCCUCGUCUUUAUGCAGAAGGAAAAUCACCUUUGCAACAUAGAAGCAUGAACCACAAUUGUUAUCUGUCCAAGAUUGGUCAAAUCAGAGAAGGAUUAGGUAUUGAUUUGUGGGAUAAAUUGGAGAAAUCAUCACUAGGUGUGUUUAUCAAGCUAGCUGAACUAGAGUACACAUGGGCUACCAAGAAAGUACAUUUAUUCCUCACAAAUCAGUUGAAAGUGGAUAACUUUCAUGAGAUAUGGUCUAUGAUUAAUGGUAGACCAGUCCGGUUCUCCUUAAAUGAGUUUGCUGCUAUAACAGGACUGAAUUGCGAUCCAUUUGACCCAUCGGAAAAGUUUGAAGCUGAUCACCGUGGGAGGCAAUGA